AUGAAGAUUUACAAGCACAAGUUAGCUGCCAGAUUUGGUCUGAUGCAUAUGAUCGGUACAAAUCUAUCCGUAUGGUUGAACGUUUUAGUUCAAGAGACCAAACAUGAAAUCCUGACGUUCUACAAUCCUGAGAACAAUUCCUUAAGAAUUUCUCAUCGAUUGGCUUUCAAAAACAACAUAUUUCAAUUUCCUCACAUGUCACAGCCCGACAAUGUCACUGAUAAUAAUAAGCAUCAUAUAGUCGCCAGAGGGUUGAAAGGACCCCAUCGGAUAUACGAAUGUAGAAGAACGAACGUCCUGGGAACGUUAGUACAAGAUGCGUCUCCUUUCUUGUUCCCUUGUACCAUUGAAUACAGCUUAAUAUGUGCCGCCAUCCUGUACGUCAUGUGGAAAUCCAUUUCGAAACUUCCCAUCCCCAAUAUGAACGGGGAAAAAAAGAAGCUGGAGCACGCUUACAGGAGAAGUCCUCAUCACUAUUCCGUCGAUUGUGCAAGGGCCCAUAAAGGUUUAUUCGUUGGUAUUUUACUUCUAGUUAUGACCAUAAUUUCCCUUAUUUUGUUCUUUGUUUUAAUAUCGCGACAGGAGUUCGCAGCUGUGGCACUUAUUGAGGUCAAUAUUUGCGAGCUGACCCUUUACGGAAUGGCCUUCUUGGCCACGUUGAUAGGCAUGUGGCAGAUACGUCAACUCAAAUACGACGGCAGUCGUAAUCUUCAAUUAGACAAUAUUUUACUUGUGGGGGCGCAAACGGGGAUGUUUAUUUACAGCAUGUUUACCAUCAUCGGGGGUCAAUUUACGAUAGAGAAAAACACAAUACUCACCCUAAUAACGGCUUUAGCGUCCGUUCUCCAAACAACCUGCCAAACUAUUUUUAUUCUCGACGCUUCGAGACGAUCUUGCGUGACGCCAGAUCAAAUUCGGAAGAAACCGGGGAGGGAAAUUGUCACAUUCUUAUUGGUGACGAAUUUGGCGAUGUGGGCCCUAAACACGUUAGAAAAGUCUAGGGCAGAUUCCCAUCCGAUUCAAUUACAUUUCUACGGCCUUUGGGCAUGGACGAUUAUUACACACGUUUCCAUGCCGUUGGCAAUUUUCUAUCGAUUCCAUUCCACUGUAUGCCUUUGCGAAAUUUGGAAGAGGGCGUACAAAAUUAAACCGACGUACAUGUAGGGGUUAGCAAUCGAAUGUGGCAUUAGUUGCCACAUGUGAUAAUUACCAAAGAUCGGCGAUUGUAGUGUUGCCCAAACGCAAGAACAAGACGAGACUUAGCCAGUCUUGGUCUUGGUCUUGCGCCAAUAC